UGGACCUCCAGUCCUGAUAAACAGGUGGAGGAGAAGACGCCAUUGUUUCCUCAGCAGCAGGAGAUGAAAGCAGCGCGACCGAACAUGGACGCUGUUCUGGAUCCCUUUUCUGCACUCGACUCUCUCUCCUCCCCUCCUUAUUUCGACGAUGACGACUUCUUCACAGACCAGUCCUCCAGGGACGGCCACUUGGACACAGAUGACUUUCUGGAUGAAGAUGUAGACUUCCUCAGCUCUCACCUCCAGGACUAUUACAGCAAAGAAGGCUGCGGUAGAGUGGCGCACCACGAUGGGGACUAUGACAUCGGUAGUCUGUCCUUCUCCUCUUCGUCCCCCACUUUUUCUUGCACACCCGACCUGUCCCCGCAGACCGGCUGCCACGUCGGGCCGCUGCUGAAGCGCAGGAGGCGACUGCGUUCUGAGACGGAGAUGCAGCAGCUGCGGCAGGCGGCGAACGUCAGGGAGCGCAGGAGGAUGCAGUCCAUCAAUGACGCCUUUGAAGGUCUGCGCUCCCACAUCCCCACUCUGCCCUACGAAAAAAGGCUCUCCAAGGUGGACACCCUGCGCCUGGCGAUCGGCUACAUCAACUUCCUGGCUGAGCUCGUGCAGUCUGACCUGCCAAUCAAAAGUUCCAACAGCGAGACACAAGCGCAGCCCAAGAAGGUAAUCAUCUGCCACAGAGGAACAAGAUCUCCUUCUCCCAGUGACCCGGACUACGGCCUGCCUCCGCUGGCCGGUCACUCGCUGUCCUGGUCCGAUGAAAAGCAGCUCCGGGAACAGAAUAUCAUCCGCACCGCCAAGGUGUGGACCCCGGAGGAUCCCCGGAAACAACACCAGACGGCCCUGACAGACAUAGAAAACGAGCCUCCCUUCGGCCUGGUGGCCUGAGCAGAAGCGCCCUGACCCUCCUGGUGUUCCUUCAGGAAACAUGAAGCCAUUAUGUUAAUGUCGAACUAAGCACUGAAGGCGCAGCACAGUAUGAGCGCACUGUACAGUUUCCCAGGUGGAUUCAGUGUCCUACCUUUAUCAUGUUGAUAAUUUUUUGUAAUUUUUCCAGAUGGCAAUCGUGUAUUUAUUAUAUUGUUUGUUUUCCAACAGAUGAUAAUAUAUAUUUUAAUUUAAACGCAGUGAAAGGAAACAUGUUUUUGUUUUACACGAAUUCAUAUCUGGAAAUUAGAGCACUUAAUAAAUAAUCUGUGAUUUUUUACUGUCAAACAGCACAACGUUCAUCUUCUGCACGUUCUUCGAUAAAAACUGUAAUCCCGAGGACAAUAUUUGUACUUGGAAUGCAAAUUUGCGUUUUUUUUGGUGAUUUUCCCGCAGACAUCUCGGUAUUAAAAGAAAGUUCUAUUUCUUUGCAAAGUUCACAAGGUAUUACUUUCUUGGUCUCCAGUUUUUCAGCUUUGUUUUAUAAGUUUUUAUUAUUUUUAGAGGCCCAUAAAAGGUGUAAAAGUUUUCCAAUAAACAAAAUGAAAUAAG